AUGACAUCUACAUCAACUCCUCCAACGUCUCCAAAAUCUAUUAAUCCAUUGACCGACCCUCCUACAUUACCAAAAUUAAGGCACAUUGCUCCUGCUCCUCGAGAUAAACCUGAAUAUGAUAUUUAUCAUAUUCCAAAAGGUUAUGAAGUAGUAUUAGUACCAAAAACUUCUUCUAAUGGUACUACUGAUUUCUCCACUGGUCCUACUUCUCCUACUUCAAGUGUUAUACCUCUUUCACCCGCUGCUUCUGUGUCUAGUAUUCAUGGUUCUCCCUCAAAACUUUCCCUUUCUCCUCCAUCUAAAUCUCCUCCAAAUAGUUCGUGGCGCAAACGUAAAAAUAAUGGUCAUAUUCCUCGUCCUAAAAAUUGUUUCAUGGCCUAUCGUGAACAUAUGCAACAUGAAGUUCUUAAAAAAAAUCCUGGAAUGAAUAAUAAACAUGUUUCUGUUAUUGCUGCUGAAAUUGAUUCUGCUCCUUCAACUCCUCCCUCCUUUAUUGAUGAUCCUUCUCAUUCUCCUCCUAUUUUUAAUUCUCAUCAUGAUAAUCGUUCUCCUUCUCCUUUACGUUUUGAAACUUUAAAAGUUGAAUCAAAUAAUCUUGAUCAUCAAAAUGAUUGGCAAAGAAUUUGUGAUAUGCCUCUUGAAGGUGAACUCUUUCAAUCUCUUCUUCCUCCUCCCAUGAUGGAUUUCGAUCAACCUAUCCAUGUUGAUGCUCCUUAUUAUGAUGAUUUUGAAAGUGGAAGUUUCCUUCAACCUGAUACUCAACUUUUAAAUCCUUUUGAAUUUAACCAUGUCAUUCCUACAAAUCACCAUAAUCAUCAUCAAGGUUAUAAUACCGCCCUCUAUUAA